GAAGUAAAACCUUUGAAUCUCGUGCUUAAUAGAGAAGGAUCGCUUUUAUGUUUGAUUCGCGUGCAUUUUUUACAAUCGACUUUUUCGGGAUGCUCAGUAUCCAGUUGUGAUGUGCGUGGUUGAUCGUGAUAUGAUUAUUUUACUUUUUGAAUUCCACCGCAAUAUCAACUCAAACCCCUGAAUUUCUCUACUUCAUCAGCAUGGUGUGUUUAUGUUUGCUUGUUCCUUAAGUUUCGUUGUGAUUGAGCUUCUGUAUUGGUAUAGUAUAAAAAAAUUAACAAAACAAAAUUUGAUCUUCAGUCCUAACCGAACUUGCCCACGCAGCAUUCGACUUCGAAUGGCAGAGAACGGACUGCGAGGACAAGGGGGCGGAGCUCUCCUUCCAAGGAGCCGAAUUGCAGAGGCAACCAUUGAAGAUGGACCAGGAGGGGAGGACGGACGGCGGUGCGACUUCUGCCGCCAAUCUUAUGGUGCCCUCAGAACUACCAACAGCAGACUUGAUCGAAGCAUACUCUGGCGACAAAGUGGAUACCAUCGACCGUGACAGCCGCAGGGGUGACACCUCUCCCCCGACUAACUGGUCGCGCCCACACAAGCAGCAAACGCACCGACGACCGGACAAGCACCCGUGUUGCUUCUGUCCUUACUCAUGCUCUUCCGCAUCGGAUGUCGCCGUCCACGAGAGGACACACACUGGAGAGAGGCCCUUCAGUUGCGGUGCCUGCAAGAAAACGUUCGUGCAGAAGUCUCACUUGACAGCUCACGAUAGAAUUCACACCGGGGAGAAGCCGUUCAAGUGCAACACGUGCAGCAGAGCGUUUACUCAGAAAGGCAGUUUGGCGGUUCAUGAAAGGACUCACACAGGAGAGAGGCCCUUCAGUUGCGGUGCGUGCAAGAAAAUGUUCGUGCAGAAGGCUCACUUGAUAUCUCACGUUAAACUUCACAAAGGAGAGAAGCCGUUCAAGUGCGAGACCUGCGGUAGAGCGUUUGCGACUUAUAGCAAUUUACACACUCAUCGGAAGUUACAUCGCAAGUGAUCGAAACAGCAACGUGCAUCAUAGUUGUGAAUGGGGUUUAAACAAAAUACGCGAGCACCGACGUGUGUUCAUUUCGUUCGGCAAUAGACCUACAGGAGCUCUACUUGCGAGCAGUGCAGGUUUCGAAUGGUUGGAAAAUAUUUCGGCCUAUUAUGUAUCGCGUAAACACAGAUUAAAUCGUGAAUUUACCUUAGACGAAGCGACCCUGGUUCUUUUUUGUACACGAAAAAAUAAUUACUUGAAGCCUAGUAUUCUUAUAUUCAUUUAGAGUCAUUAAUCUCGUGCUGCACCUGGCGUCUCUGGGUUGUCUGUAGGGCCACUUGUGUUCCUUACAAGUCGGCCUACUCAUGACCAUAAAUACACAAAUUAAUAAAAUAACUAACGACUUUCAAUAGCAGCAAUUUUGGAUAUUGCAAAAGUUAAGAAACUAUAAGAAAAACUUAGUAAUGCGGAGGGGUCAACAGAAUUUUAAGAUGAAAAAAUAAAAUUAUAUUCCAAACUAUUUAACACACCAAGCUGGAAAAUAUUGCUUUACUCAUAGGACAGCAACAGAAUAUACAUGACUCGAAGAUUUAGAAAUGCAGUGCUAUUUCCUAUCUCAUUUCUUAAUAUUCUUCGUCCUUUUUCAUUUUGACCGGUUGCAGUUGCCGAAUUCCCAUGACAUCCUUCAAUGUGCUUGCUACAUGAAAUACUUGUUUCUAUGUUUUUCUUUUGCAUGAUUUUAUUAUUUUUUUUUGCAUAUUCACGAAGACGGUCCUGAUCAUUGAGGAUAUUCACACUUUUAGUGCUAUUCAUUUAGUGUUCAUAAACAUUUAGUUUCACCUUUCAUCAAAGCGGUUUUGUUGAUUUAGGAUAUUCGUACUUUUAGUGCUAUUUAUUUGGUAUUCAUCUAGUUUCACUGGGAUUCGUCAGGCCCUUAUUUCUUUGAACUUCUUUUUGUAGUAGACGGUUCAUAUAUAUUUGUUUUACUAAAGGCAUAAUUAACUCC